GCGGGGCGGGGGGCGGGGCAUCCACAAAGGGGCGGGCGGCAGAACCGUGCGCGACUCGAAAAUUUCCUCCCUCGCACCCAGCCCCACCCCCGUGCAUCGAACUGAAGGUCACGGUUGCAAAAAUACACGAAAUAGAGAAGGAAACCAAAUUACAAUACAGCGCACGCACGAGGUGGGGUUGUGGGGAAGAACCAGCAGAAGUAAACAGAUUGUAAAAAAUAAUAAUCUCCCACAAAAGAAACCUGCGAAGUUCUUUAGUAACUUAAAACAGUUUUCAGACCGUUUACGCGUGGUACAUUUUACUAGGCAGAAGGUGAAGAAGAUUGUCGUUCUGAAAUGGUAAGACCAGAUGACAAUGAAAGGCCUGGUGAAGCAAAUCUUCAGGCAGAACUCCAGAUGUUCAGAGCACAGUGGAUGUUUGAACUUACCCCAGGGGUGAGCUCUUCUGGUUUGGAAACUCGAUCCUACAGAGCGUCGGCAAGAGGGCCUUCAGUAAAGGCUGUAGAUACCAAAGGAAAGCUGGAACUAGCAAAAGAGGAAAAGGCAAGAGAACUGUUCCUGAAGGCAGUGGAACAAGAACAAAAUGGGGCUCUUUAUGAAGCUAUUAAGUUCUACCGUCUGGCCAUGCAACUGGUCCCAGAUAUUGAGUUUAAGAUCACCUACACCCGAUCUCCAGAUAACGACACUAUUGGAAAGAGCUACAUUGAAGAUAAUGAGGAUGAUAGCAAGAUGGCUGACCUUCUGUCCUACUUUCAGCAGCAAUUUACUCUUCAGGAAUCAUCUGUCAAACUGUGUCAGCCUGAGCUUGACAUGAACCAGACUCAUAUCUCAGUGUUGCCUAUGGAGCUGUUGAUGUAUAUUUUUCGAUGGGUGGUUUCCAGUGAUUUAGACCUGCGGUCGUUAGAACAGUUAUCCUUGGUCUGCAGAGGUUUUUACAUUUGCGCCAGGGAUCCUGAAAUCUGGCGUCAGGCCUGCUUGAAGGUUUGGGGCAGGACCUGCAACAAAGUGGUUCCUUAUACCUCAUGGAGGGAAAUGUUUUUGGAAAGGCCCAGAGUUCGAUUUGAUGGUGUGUAUAUCAGUAAGACAACAUACAUACGUCAAGGGGAACAGUCUCUUGAUGGCUUCUAUAGGGCAUGGCACCAAGUGGAAUAUUACAGGUAUCUGAGAUUCUUCCCAGAUGGCCAAGUGAUGAUGCUAACAACUCCGGAAGAACCUCAAACAAUAGUUCCUCGUUUACGAACUAAAAAUACAAGAACUGAUGCAAUCCUGCUUGGCCAUUAUCGCCUUUCCCAGGAUAUGGACAAUCAAACCAAAGUAUUUGCUGUAAUGACAAAGAAGAAGGAAGAGAAACCAAUUGACUACCACAAGUACAGAUAUUUCUGUCGUGUCCCUGUACAAGAAACUGAUCACAGCUUUCAUGUAGGGCUACAGUUGUGUUCCAGUGGCCGUCAGAGGUUCAACAAACUUGUUUGGAUUCAUCACUCUUGUCACAUUACUUACAAGUCUACUGGUGAGACAGCAGUCUCUUCUUUUGACAUUGACAAGAUGUACACCCCUUUGUUCUUUGCACGAGUGAAGAGCUUUACUGCAUUUUCAGAAAGGCCUCUCUAAGAAGCUUGUAUCUCUUCUCUUACUCCUGCAUGAAGAAAUUACAGCAAACAACACUUAAGUUAUACAUGUGUAUAUAUUUGAAUUUUAUUUUAAAAUUGAGGGAAGAAAAUAUACUGGAAAUACUUUUGAUUUAGGGUGGCAGGGUUAUUUUAUUGGUCUGAAGUCAAGUUUACACAUUAAACUUGUUUAUGUUGUGAAAAUACUUUGAUAACAUAAAAUGGCAUAACAUAAAAACAAUUUUUACCAUGUCAUUUUAUGAGCAGAUUUAUAAGCUGUUCUCUCUCUCCAUCAUAAAGCUUCAUCUGCCUAUGCACCUUAAGUUCAGGAAGCGUUAUAAACCUACUGCUGUACAUAAAAUAUGGCGUGCGUGCUUUGGGGGAAGGUUCAAAAUGUGAAGAAUUUGUCCUGCAUCUGUGCGUGGCCUACAGGAACAUAAAAUAAAUGUUUACUUUUAAAUACAUGUUUUUGGGUUGCCUUUCAAGAAGUAAUGUUGACUUCAGUGUAAACUGCAGCCUUAUGCAAAUUAAGCAAGGGCAAGUAAAGUUGGACAUUCAGCUGAAAAUGCUACCAUCUGUCUUGGAAUUAUCUUAUUUUGUACAGUCACACUUAUCAAACCAGUGGUUUUCAUAUUGCAAGAGAUGGAAGAUGAGAGUACCAAGAGCUGGCCAACCACAUCGGGGAAGUGGUUGCCUUUCUCUUUUCUUGAUUCAGGAAAGGACUUCUGGAGCAUUGCUCUCUUGGGACAGUGUCACAAUGAAGAUGUCAUGCUGCAACACUAUAGAGUGCUGAACUUGAAUGUGCAUUGUUUGAAUUCUGUUAUGCAAAUAAGAAUAGGGCUGUAUCAAGUAUGUUAGUCUUUUGUUGAUUAACUCUUCACCUAACUGUUCAAAAUAUUGCAAACCUUUGAGUGUUUUGUCACACUAAAUUUUAUUUUAUUUUUUUGCUUUCUGGGACUCCUACAGAUGUUCAGGUACUGUAUGCUGCUUCUCCUGCGUAUGUACUUUGGGAGUUGGAUGCAAGUGCUGUAUGAUGCUUAUCAUAAAGCUACAAUUUAUAAAUGUUUUUCUUCUGCCAA